UACAAGAGUUGAAGCCGAUCCCAGAUCAGCUGUGUCAAACACAUGAGCUCUCUGAGGACGACGAGCACCGGCGACCAACCGCGAGACUAAAAAGAUGAAGGACACAUCAGUGGGUGAGCAGCCAUGGUGCUGCCUCACCUCUUUACCCCCUUCCUCCUCUUCCUCCUCACCUUCCAAACUUCCACCCAUGGUGUUGUCCUCUCCCACAGCCCCCUGCCUGCUGUGGCUGCAGCAGGUCCGAUCCUGCAGGACCGGCCCUUCGUUGUGGUGUGGAACAUGCCCACGGCACGGUGUCAGAAACGCUACAACAUCCACCUGAACCUGGGAGACUUCGAUAUUUUGGAGAACCGAAAGCAACGCUUCCAGGGACAGAACAUGACCAUCUUCUACCGUGACCGCUUGGGGAAAUAUCCAUACCUCUCCCGAGAUGGCGUGAAGAUGAACGGAGGGAUACCGCAGCUUGGCGACCUCUCAGCUCACCUUUCCCUGGCACUGACGCAGAUGUCCAGCUUGCUGCAGCCAAACUUCACCGGUUUAGCCGUUAUUGACUGGGAAGAGUGGCGGCCAUUGUGGGAGAGAAACUUUGGAACCAAGAUGGAGUACCGGAGGCUUUCCAAGCUGCUGGUGAAACAGGCGAGACCGGAUUUGUCAAACAAGGCCAUGACAUCGUUGGCAAGGCAAAAGUUUGAGGAGAGCGCUCGGAAGUUCAUGGAGGAGACGCUGCGGUCGGCAGUCAUGGAUCGUCCCAGGGGACUCUGGGGGUUUUAUGGUUUUCCUGCCUGCUUUAAUAAGCAUAAGAGAAAAACAGACAAAAGCUACACAGGACGCUGCCACGGGGGGACCAAAAAGCAAAAUGACCAGCUGUCCUGGCUCUGGUGGCAGUCCACCGCUCUCUAUCCCAGUGUCUACCUGCCACAGAGGCUGGCAGGAUCCAUGGAUGCAGCUCUGAUGGUCAGACACAGGCUGCUGGAGGCUUUGAGAGUGGCAUCAGUUUGGCACAAUACCAAACACGCCACACCCGUCCUUCCCUACGCCAGACUAGCAUUCACACACUCUCUAACCUUUCUUAAUAAGACAGACCUGGUGCACACACUGGGGGAGAGUGCGGCGCUGGGAGCUGCUGGAGUGGUGCUGUGGGGAGAGCUGAAAUUUGCCAAAUCCAAGGAACAGUGCAUUCUUCUCAGAGACUACAUACACACCGUCUUGGGUCCCUUCGUCCAGUCGCUGAGGUCUGACACUCAACGCUGCAGCCUCCAGCUUUGCCAAGGCAAUGGCCGCUGCGCCAGGCGACGCCCCAGCUCUGGUCACAUGCUCUCCUCGGUUCCGGUUAUGACCUCUGACCCCAAUGAAAUCAACCUCCUACCUGACGCCUCCCGUGGGAAAUCUUUCCACAACCACUUCAUGUGUCUGUGCUACCCAGGCUGGACUGGGCAGGAGUGUCAAGAGAAGAAGAAGAAAGAAAACAUAUAGAAAGACAAGUAACUUAAACCUUUCUAUCAAGGUGCCAUCAGUCAGCGUUAAUAGAACACCAAUGAGACUUGUAUGAGACAAUGUAGACUUAAUGAAUUGACAACUCCUUGAAAUAAUUUUAAAAUAAAUUAGAAUAAAUGUAAAUUUAUCAGUGUUUAUUUAGCAUGUUUUUAAAAGGGGUGAAAUUACAAAAAAAAUUUGAAUGAAGUGCAAACACGUCUCAGUUUAAGUAUUACUUAUUUAGAUAUUCUCCAGCACUUUCUUUUCUUCAUUUCUUCAAUAGUUAAAAGAUCCCUGUGUGUUUCCAUUAUAGAGGUGAAGUAGUUAUACUUUAAAGGUCCAGUGUGUAGGAUUCAGUGGCAUCCAGUGGUGAAGUUGCAGAUUGCAACCAACUGAAUACAGCUCACCUUCCAAGUGUGUAGGAGAAACUGUGGUGGCACAUGGUGGACAUAACAUCUGAGUGAAAAUCAGCUUCAACCUAUCUGCUAGAUGUGAUUCUUUUUUACUCUUUAGUAAAAUAUUUAACAAAAUUACACCCUGUUUAAACUGUCAAGUAACGGAUAAUUAUAUAUUUAGUAUGCUAAAAUUGGUGGUUGAAUUCAUCAUCCUUGGCUUAAUGUAACCUUUUUUCUCAACAAAGAGCAAAACAAGAAUACAAAGGUUAACAGAUACAUUGAAAAACAGUAUUGUCUUUGUUAUCCAUUUAAUAAAUUGUAUUUGUGUGUUUGUCUACCACA